GCGCACCGGGACUUUGAACUCUGAAGUCCCUUUCUUAAACCCUAGGAGUGAGGGAAAAAAAAAAAAAAAAAAAAAAAACCUAGGAGAUCUCCUCCUAAUUCUCGUUCCUUCUCUCUGUGUCACUCGCGCAGCGUGAAAGGGCAUGAAUUUGUAUAUCUUUAUCAUUUGUUAUCUUUCAUGCGUGAUCUCUGCUUCAGUGGUCUCACAAGAAUAGCUGAUAAAAGAGUUUUUCUGUGGGAGCUUGUUAAUGGCGGAAUGCGAGAUGGUUUUGGUCUAAACCAUGCAUGGUUGUUAAAAUUGGGAAACUUUGAUAUUGCAGGUCAGUUUUGAGCCGCUGAGGUAUGCUUGUGUUGUUUGAGACGCCAGCGGGCUUUGCCCUCUUCAAAGUUUUGGAUGAAGGGAAGCUAGCUAAAGUUCAGGACGUAUGGAAAGAGUUCUCCACUGCAGACUCAGCAAGAAAGGUUGUCAAGUUGAAAGCUUUUUCCAAGUUUGAGAAUACAUCAGAGGCUCUAGAAGCUGCAACAAAGAUAAUUGAAGGCACAGCUAGCAAAGGUCUCCGCAAGUUUUUGCAGGCUCACUGUGAGGGUGAAACUUUAGCUGUGGCUGACUCAAAGCUUGGAAAUGCUAUCAAGGAAAAACUGAAAAUAGAAUGUGUUCACAGCAGCGCUGUCAUGGAAUUGAUGAGGGGUGUUAGGAGUCAGUUGACUGAACUCAUAGCCGGUCUAGGCACUCAAGAUUUGGCACCAAUGAGCUUGGGUUUAUCUCAUAGUCUGUCUAGGUACAAACUGAAGUUCAGUCCCGAUAAGGUUGAUACAAUGGUCAUUCAAGCUAUUGGUUUGCUUGAUGAUCUUGAUAAGGAGCUUAACACAUAUGCAAUGAGAGUUAGAGAAUGGUAUGGUUGGCAUUUUCCUGAACUUGCUAAGAUUGUACAAGACAACAUCCUAUAUGCCAAAGUGGUGAAACUGAUGGGCAGUCGUGACAAUGCUGCAAAGUUUGAUUUCUCUGAGAUACUACCAGAAGAAGUUGAGACAGAGCUGAAGGAUGCAUCUUUAAUAUCCAUGGGAACUGAAGUCAGUGAAGUCGAUUUGAUGAAUAUUAGAGAACUCUGUGAUCAGGUUUUAUCUCUAGCUGAAUAUAGAACUCAGCUGUAUGAUUAUUUAAAAAGCAGGAUGAACACCAUUGCACCAAAUUUGACUGCCCUUGUUGGGGAACUUGUUGGAGCUCGUCUCAUUGCUCAUGGGGGUAGCUUAUUGAAUCUCGCAAAGCAGCCUGGGAGUACAGUUCAAAUUCUUGGGGCAGAAAAGGCUCUUUUCAGAGCUUUAAAGACAAAGCAUUCAACUCCCAAAUACGGGUUAAUUUUCCAUGCAUCCUUGGUUGGUCAGGCAGCUCCCAAGUUGAAGGGGAAAAUUUCCAGAUCGUUAGCUGCAAAAGCAGCACUGGCAAUUCGAUAUGAUGCUCUUGGAGAUGGCCAAGAUAACUCUCUUGGACUGGAAAACCGUGCCAAGCUUGAAGCACGGUUAAGGAAUCUUGAAGGGCGAGAAUUGACUCGUUCUGCUGGAUCUGCUAAAGGCAAACCUAAAAUAGAAGCCUAUGACAAGGAUAGAAAGAAGGGAGCUGGAGGAUUGAUCACUCCUGCCAAGGCUUAUAAUCCUUCUGCGGAUGCUCUUCUUGGGCGAACACCAGACUCCACUUCUGGGAAUGGGGAAGAAAUCGUCCCAAAGAAGAGGAAGAGUGAGACAGAACCAUCUCAUACUGGAGGAGUGGCAGAAGAAGCUCCUGUUACUGGUGAGCAAAAGAAAGAGAAGAAGAAAAAGAAAAAAGCAGAUGAAGGGGAAACAGCUGUGCAAAAUGAUGGAACUAGCACUGCUGAGCAGGAAGGUGAAGGAAAAGCAAAGAAAGAAAAGAAGAAAAAGAAGCAUCAAGCUGAAACUGAAAGCAACGAUGUGCAAAAUGAGAGUGAAAAUGUUGAUGCAGGAGAAAAAAAGAAAAAGAAGCGAAAGCAUGCUGAACAAGAUGAAGAACCUGACAUGCCAAUCAAGAGAAAAGAGAAAAAGAAGAGAAAAAAUGACCAAGGAAAGUAGAGGUUCCACUGUUACAGGCUAUCCAGCGAUUUUUGCAGAAGAAAUUACGCAGCAACUCCAUACUUUGCUGUAUAAAAUUUUUUUAAUCAUUUUUUGUUUGUUAGCUUUAUUUCCAUUGUAUUUUCCGAUUGCCUAUGGAGGUGUGUAAGAAUGUACUUCCUGAGAGAGAGGCAAGCUGUCCUCAUAAUUGAUUAGUGAUUUCUGUUAUAAGACA